AUGGAUAAUACAUCGAAAUUAAAUGAUUUGGGUUUGGGCGGUGCACAACAAUCAGAAGGUCCACUUCCAUCAACAUCAGCUGAAGAUUAUAUGAAUGAUCCUAUCCUCGAAGAACAAUGGGCAAUGAAAGCAUUUCAACAUGCUGAAACUUAUUUCAAUUUACUUUGUUCCAUUGAAUCGAAAAAAUUACGUUUAACUCGUCAUGAUGAUGAAAUUUAUUCUCGUUUUCGUGCGGUAUUUCCUGAUUUAAAAGUUGAUAUUCUCGAUGAAAAUCAAAUAAAAUCAGUUGAAGGAAAAGAAUUAUGGCGAUCAUUUUGUGAAGAAUUUAAAGAAUUAAUUGAAGAUUAUAAUUAUGGUACACUUAUACGUACUGAUUCCAAAGGUGAAUAUAGCAGCGACAAUUCCUUUCUCGUUGUACGAAUUCAAUUUUAUGCUAUUGAAAUUGCACGUAAUCGUGAAGGUGCUAAUGACACUAUUCGUGAUUCAUUUGGAUCGAAAAAAUUGUGA